AUGAUUCAGGGUAUUUUCUAUGCCCGCUUCCUUCCCCAAGAAGGCACAAAGAUUGUGGCUCAGUCACCGCCCGGCUGCAUUGUUCCAGUCACAACCCCGGGUCCAAAUACGGCUCCUGUUCCCUCGCAAACAAUCAGCAACCUCAAUGCUAGCAUCACAUCUUCCUCAACGACGCCUGGCACCUCAACAACCACACCCGCCAUAAAAUCUCCAUUAUUUGACUUUGCAGUCCUGUCCGAGUACAUCAUUCCUAGGGAGCCGUUCCGCAACAGGUACAUCACCGUGACCGACCCAGACAACAAAUACCUUAUCCUUGGUUUCCCUGUUUCUAUCCCAGACCCCCGGUAUCACCGCAAUGAGUUCAUCUUCAAUUUUGGUCUCGUGGUCGAUCACGAUGUCGAUCAGGUUCCUUAUGAGAGGGUUGUUCGACGGCUGGCGAUUACCUUUGCGGAAAUGGAAAAGCAGAGCGGGUAUCUCAGCCAAGACCAGACUAAGGCCCAGGGAGAGUGCGCGUGGGGAGAAAGCAGGGACAAGAAUGGGGAUGGGGGCUUCUUUUCGACGAGGAGGCCGAUUGAGAGUUUGUUGGAGAUCAUCAAGGAGGAUUUGAAUAAUUAUGGAGAGUGCAUGAUCCCCGUUGACGACGCCAACACCAUCAACAUGAAGCUCUUCCCUUACCACCCCAACCCACCAGAAAUCAAAAGCUGGCACGUCCCAGUAGCAAAAAUGAAACUCGCCGACAUCGUCGACCCAACCUGGGACCUGACCCUCCAAAAGGUAAUCGCCCACAUCGACGGCGUCUCCGACGUCCGCCGAAUCGCCUUCCAAGCAGACGUCUCCCUAGAACUAACCCAACUCGCCCUCCGCCACCUCCUCUACUACGACACCAUCCUCCUCCUCGACAUGUUCUUCUUCUCCGCCUGCUACGCCCCCCGCCCCGGAAUCCACGAUUUCAUCGCCAACGUCGACGGCAUCGUAGAUGAAUGCGCCAAUUACGUCUGCGUGGGCGCACUGAGAAUUAAUUCCAACGACAAUGACAAGUAUUCCAACCCCAGGUCGUCGUCAACCACCACCCUCAACAACAACUCCUUCGCCCUGAACUCCUUCUCCACCACCCCUCGAUCCUCCUCCCACCACCUCUCCACCUCCCCCAGCAAUUUGUCUCCAGAAACUCACUCCCACCACCCCACCUCCCCCUUCCACAACCCAUCCUCCUCCUCCUCCCUCCUCUCCAUCGAACGAGACCACCGCCUACCAAAUUAUCUGCUCAUCAAACUAAUGACCACCUUUGCCCCCUCAAAAACAGUAAUGGAGUGGCUAAAAAUGCACAUGGACGCCGGGAUAGACGUCCUCAGAUACGUCGACGUCCGGAGGUUGGUGCAGUUUGGUGUGAUAAAAGGUUGUUUGUACCGUGUUCACAAGUAUGUGGUGUCGAAGCAGUAUCUAGCCUCGUUAGCGACGGGUCAAAGUAGGAGGUUGACUGAACGGGAGGCCGCGGCUAGGGGAGGCGGGAGAAGGGAUCCGCUGCAAAAGUACACGGAUGGGUGUCAUUGUUUUGAUGAGAUCAUCACCGAGAUGGACAUGACGGACGCGGAGGUGAUGGAGCGGCUGAAGGGGUUCAGGGGGGCGCCGGCGGGGGAUUUGACGGUGCUCCAUCGCUGA